AUGGAUAAUGCGUUCGCUGCACAGCAAGAGACUAUCUCUAUUUGCGCGACCUGCAAGCACGAAGUCAGCUGCCCGAUCACCGACGUCCCCCUCGCGUCCGACCAUGUUCCCUCCCCAUCCGAAGCCCAGGCUAUGGAAACAUGCAUCGAAGAGAUAAGAACACAGCUAGCCAAGCUACAACAUGUGAAGCGCACCGUCGAGCAAACGCUAAACUCUCUCAGCGCAAUGGAAUCGAAGCUGGAGAACGCGCUCGCCACGCAGCGCGCCUACGUCGCACCCGUCCGUCGGAUGCCCGUCGAACUGCUGGAAAUUGUAUUUGAGCUAAGCUGUGCGGGCGCGACACUCAGCCCUCCCGACUGCACUCCGCUGGCGCUUAGCGCGGUCUGCAGACAUUGGCGUCAACUCGCGCUCUGUAUGCCUCGCAUAUGGGCUGACGUGCAGCUGACAAACGUGCCCCUCAAUGACUGGAGCACCCGUCACGCGGUCAUCAGGCGCAUGAAGCACUGUCUACGCCUGACGAACGGCUUCCCGCUCACGCAACCCAUACAUCCACGUUCGGGCACAGGGGGCGCGGGCCUGAACGUGCUUGUGAAGUACACAAACCAGUGGCAACACCUCCGCAUCGAUGGACCACACGAAGAGCUCGACCCUCGUGUCCAGGCUUCCUUGAGCGUGUUCGGCAGCAAAUCGUACACACGACUGCACACCCUUGACCUCGACAUGAUCGCUCUGUUCGCGUCGUUCUCUCUGCGUGUUUUCUCAGACCUGCCCGCCCUGCGAACUCUCGUCGUGCGCAAUCCGAAGCACGUCGCGGAGCCUGCCAUCCCUACGCACAAUGGGCUUCUGCCAUUGGGUCAACUCCAAGAGCUGCGCACGGUCACAACGACGCGCUUCGCUUUCCAGUUGCUGUCCCGCUGUCUACAUCUACUCAGUUGGACGCACACCGACGAUUCGGCCAGUCAUCGAUUUCCGACUGCGGGUGUUGUGAUGCUCCCGCGUCUUCGAAGCCUGCGCGCGGACUACAAGAACGCCAGGUGCAGCAUAGAUCUUAACUUCCUCCUCGCGCCGUCGCUCGAAUCCCUCAAACUCUCCUGGAGAGACAAUCGCCUGUCAGACAGCGCGCCAGCGUUCAUCUUGCUGCAGAGCUCUCAGCAUACGCUGCGAGAGCUCGAGCUCGACAACCCGCCCUCGAACUUGCGCCACGAUCUGGUCAUGCUCAAUCACGUCCAUUCGCUGGCCCUGCAUUUUCCCAGCGCCGAUCCGCUCACGGAUAACAUACUCGCCGCCUUCAUGGCGAGGAAUGAGAAUGGGGCACUGUCCUUCCUCCCGCUCCUCGAAGACCUCGAGCUUGGCGGUCAUGGUCGCUAUCGCGGCCAGGCGGUCGUGGAUAUGGUCAAUGCGCGCCACGCGGCGGGUCGGCCUUUCAAAAUGUUAGACCUGGAUCUCUUCAACGUCGAUAUGGAUCAUUUUGGGGAUCUUGACGCCCUUGCGCGGCUUCGUCAGCUAGUGCCGGAGUUCGUGGGCUCAGAGUAG